GCCCAAGACAGACACUUUCUCGUCACCGAUCUCAGUAUCAAUCAUCACAGUCAAGAUGAGGCUUCACCAGUAUGACUACAUCUUUGCCAUUGGCACUUUGUUUGCCAUGCUAGAUGCCUACAACAACGGUGCAAACGAUGUCGCCAACUCCUGGGCCACCAGCGUGUCCUCUCGAUCGGUCUCCUACCGACAAGCUAUGGUUCUCGGUACCGUCUUUGAGAUGCUCGGAGCCAUCACCGUCGGCGCCAGAACUGCUGAUACCAUCAAGAACGGUAUCAUCCCCAACUCGGCUUUCAAAGGUGAUGCCGGCGUCCAGAUGCUGGCAUUCACCUGCGCUCUCGCUGCCGCCUCGUCCUGGGUCAUGUGGUGUACUCGUCACUCUGCUCACGUCUCUUCUACCUACUCGCUCAUCUCUGCUGUGGCUGGCGUCGGUGUUGCAACAGUCGGUGCCUCCAAGGUCCAAUGGGGAUGGAACGAUGGAAAGGGCCUCGGUGCUAUUUUUGCUGGUCUAGGCAUGGCUCCCGCCAUCUCUGCUGGGUUUGCCUCUGCCAUCUUCAUGUUAAUUAAACUUGUUGUUCUUAUCCACAAGAAUCCCGUGCCAUGGGCUGUCUGGACCUCCCCAUUCUUCUUCCUCGUUGCUGCCACAAUCUGUACUUUGUCUAUCGUGUACAAGGGAUCCCCGAACCUACACUUGAACAAGAAGCCAGGCUGGUACAUUGCCGCCGUCACCGUGGGUACUGGUGCCGGUGUCUGCCUCUUGUCCGCCAUCUUCUUUCUCCCUUUCCUUCACGCAAAGGUCAUCAAGAAAGAUCCCUCCGUCAAAUGGUGGAUGUUCAUUUAUGGCCCACUGCUCUUCAAGCGCCCUGCCCCUGAGGGAGAGUUCGAAGCCAAAGUCCCCAACUACGCCGUUGUCCAGGAUGACGAUGAUAAGACCGUCGUCGGUUCCCCUGAUAUCGUUGCACAGGAAGCGGAAAAGUUUGACAAGGCAGAUGCAUCAAACACGUCUGCUUCCGAAAGGGACGAAAGACACCUUGUUACUUCUGAAGUGAAACAACUCAGCUACAAGGACCUCGUUGCUCAAAGUCAAGACAAAUUCCACGCCAAACUCAUGCAGAAGCGUGGCCCUCUCGGCUGGGCUAUGCGCACUCUUCGUGACAACCCCAUGGGUCCCGGUCAAAUCUACGAACUCCACAACAUCAAGAUCCUCGCAAAGCGUAUCCCUGCAAUGAUUACCUGCGGUCUUUUGUACGGUCUUCACUAUGAUAUCCACGCCGCCCAGACCGGUGUCGCUGGUACCCCCGACGGUCAACGAAUGCAACGUGUCUACGACCAUGCCAAAAAGUACCCCAACGAAGUCGAACAUACCUAUUCCUUCAUCCAGGUCCUUACCGCUUGUACCGCCUCUUUUGCCCACGGCGCCAACGAUAUUGGCAACUCUGUUGGUCCCUGGGCUGUCAUCUACGCCGCCUGGAAUACUGGUAGCGCUGCUGCUUCAAAGGCUCCUGUGCCCGUUUGGCAGCUCGCUGUCUUGUCUGGUUGUAUCUCAAUUGGUCUGAUCACCUAUGGUUACAAUAUCAUGAAGGUCAUGGGUAACAAAAUCACCUACCACUCCCCCAGCCGAGGCUGCUCCAUGGAAAUGGGUGCCGCCAUCACCGUCCUCGUCUUCUCCCAAUACUCCCUCCCUGUCUCAACCUCUAUGUGCAUCACCGGUGCCACCGUCGGCGUCGGUCUCUGUAACGGUACCAUCAAGGCCGUCAACUGGCAACGAGUCAGCCUGUUGCUUAUUGCUUGGUUUGCUACUAUCCCCAUUGCUGGUACCCUCGGUGGCGUGUUGAUGGGGUUAUUUAUCAAUGCGCCUCAUUUCACUAAAUAG